UGGGCCAGGGAACACUGGGAUAGCCACUGCCAGUAAGAAGGACCAGGGUACUCACUGACUCUCCUCCAGGGAGCUCAAGCCUGCAGGUCCUUUGACCCUGAGGGCAAAUGAGGCUGGGAACAGGUCAGGUGGGCUCUGAGGCCCCCUGGGGGCAGAGCCCUGGCCCCAAGCCAUGCUGGCCCCUGCUGCUGCUGGGCUUGGCUGUGGGUGCCCAUGGUCGGCUGCCCCCACUGACAGUAGACCCACCGAACAGCACCCCAGACCCUGGAGCCCCAGCAGGAAGGAGCUCUCGGAGCCCGUGGGACAGGUUCCUGUUCUGGCCUGGCCCCCAGGGGGCAGGCCCCAGGUGCUGGCCUGGUGGGUUUUGGCCUGAAACUCAGUCAUCCUGGUUUGUUUUCAGUGAAGGAACCCAGCUCACCGUCCUAGAUCAGCCCAAGUCCGCGCCCUUGGUCAUGCUCUUCCUGUCAUUCUAUGAGGAACUCGGCACCAACAAGGCCACCCUGGUGUGCCUCGUCAGUGACUUCUACCCCAGUGGCGUGACGGUGGCCUGGAAGGCAGACGGCAGCCCCGUCACCCAGGGCGUGGAGACCACCAAGCCCUCCAAACAGAGCAACAACAAGUACGCGGCCAGCAGCUACCUGAGCCUGUCGCCUGCCCAGUGGAAAUCAUACAGCAGCGUCAGCUGCCUGGUCACGCACGAGGGGAGAACCGUGGAGAAGAAGGUGGUCCCCGCAGAGUGCUCUUAGGUCCCUGACACCCUCCCCCAUCCAAGGGGGCCUGGAGCCACAGGACCUCCGGGCGGAUCUGCCCUCCCACCAGGGUCACCCCAGCCCUUCUCGCUGCACCCGCUCGACACUCAAUAAAAUGUCCUUUAUUCAAUCAGAA